AUGUCAUCAGACGCAAACGGAAACACAAGCACCACCAACGAGGUAUUCGACCUCCAAGCAAUGCCCUCCCUCCCUCCACAAACCCUCAACAAAAUCUUCCAACGCGCCUUCGCACAUCCUGACGAGACAAAGACCAAUGCCGCCGCACUUGCAAUGGCGGGUGAAUACCUGAAAAUCUUCGCAACUGAAGCUGUACACCGCGCUGUCGCAGAGAAGAAAGCGAGGAUGGCGAAGGAGGGGGAUGAGAAUAGGGCUGUCAUGCUCGAGGUGAUUGCUUUGAUGGGGAUCAAGAGGUUCAUGCUCACAAUGCUCUUACAGGUUGAUGAUUUGCAGGCUGUUGCCGCGCAGAUGUCAUUGGAUUUCUCGUGA